AUGGAAGCUGGAAAUAUGCCCUAAGAUAAAUUAAUGAAGGAAAUGAUUGAAGCAAAUAAGAAAAUAAAAGUAGCAGCUGUAGCAUCAGGAUAUCCAAUUAGUGCCUCCUCAGAAUUUGAUCCAGAUCAUUCUAUAAACAGAGCAAUAAUCAAUUGCAAUAAAUUCAGAACAGGUCCAACAGCUUGGGGAGCCUCAUUUUGCGAUUAAAAUCAGUGGGUUCAAGUUUGUUUGAUUAAACCGAAAAUCGUGACAGGAGUGGCUCUGCAAGGGAGAGCUAAUGAAGAUUAAUGGGUGACUUGGUAUAAAGUAAUGUAUUCUAUUGAUGGCAUUAAUUGGUUUUAUCAUGAGAGCGGAAAAGAGUACUAAGGAUGUUAUGAUAGACAAACAGUCAUUCAACACGAUUUUGAGACCCCGUUUAAAGCAAGGUCUGUGAGGAUUGUACCUACCAAGUGGCACGGUCAUGUUUCUACUUGCUUUGAAGUGUACUUCAUUGAUUGA